CGCCGCGGCGCCUAACACACGUCAAGGUCAGGACUACACGUCCCGGCAUACCCAGCGCGUUCAUGCGCGGCCUCCUUUGCGUAUGGAGGGAAAGAGAUCGCGGACGGCGCGAGGCAGUGACGUGUAAUCUGAGCGCCGCCAUCUGAGCGGUGUAUGAGAGAACGUGAGGGACGGAGGCGGCGGCGGCUGUCCGGUGAGAGAGAGAGACCGUUAUACCGGAGAGACAUGUCGGCCUCGGGGACACACGUGGACUCCAAGGCGGAGCUGAGCGCGUUGCUGGAACAAUGGGAGUCGGGACACGGAGGUGGGCAGGACAUGGUGCCUUUGUUAACCAGGAUUUCAGAGCUGAUUGAGAAGGAGACAGAGGAGUACCGCAAGGGUGACCCAGACCCCUUUGACGACAGACAUCCAGGACGUGCAAACCCUGAGUGCAUGCUGGGACAUCUGCUGCGUAUUCUCUUUAAGAACGAUGACUUUAUGAAUGCGCUAGUGAACGCAUAUGUCAUGACGAGCCGGGAGCCGCCCCUGAACACAGCGGCCUGUCGCCUGUUACUGGACAUAAUGCCUGGGCUGGAGACUGCUGUGGUGUUCCAGGAGAAAGAAGGAAUCGUGGAAAACCUGUUCAAGUGGGCGCGGGAAGCCGAGCAGCCUCUCCGCACCUUCGCCGUCGGAUUGCUCGGUGGCGCUAUGGAGAACCAGGAUAUUGCCGCUAAUUACCGAGACGAGAACUCUCAGAUGGUCGGCCUCGUUCUGCGCAGGUUGCGUGAACUUCAGUCUCGAGAUGCCACCUGCAAGCCGGAAUUGAAGCGCCAGAGUCCGCGUAAGCCUCUCGGUGAGCCACUCCUCCCGCUGGAUGAAGAGGCCGUGGAUAUGGACUACGGAGAAAACACACUGGACCCCAGACCUAAAGAUGAAAAUCUGGACCUCUCUUUUCAGCCAUCUACCUCCCUGGGAUCUGGGGUCCUGGUUAAUUCUGACGGCACAGGACCACCGCGGAGAACAAAGGCGGACUACGAGGCUCACCGCAAGGUGAAGCAGAAACUCAGCUACUCCGAUUUGGAGCGAGCACCCAGCGAGCUCUCCAACAGCAGCUGGUCGGAGAUGUCCGUCUGGGUUAUAGGAACCAAUUACAGCUUGUCUCCCCUGACACCGGCCAUUGAGCAAAGACUGAUUCUGCAGUAUCUCACUCCUCUCGGAGAAUACCAGGAGCUGCUUCCCAUUUUCAUGCAGUUGGGCUCCCGAGAGCUGAUGAUGUAUUAUAUUGAUCUGAAACGAACCAAUGACGUUCUGCUCACAUUCGAGGCGCUUAAGCAUUUGGCCUCUCUUCUCCUCCACAACAAGUUUGCAGCAGAGUUUGUGUCUCAUGGGGGUGUACAGAAAUUGCUGGAGAUCCCUCGUCCUUCCAUGGCAGCGACUGGGGUAUCCAUGUGUCUCUACUACUUGUCUUAUAACCAGGACGCCAUGGAACGGGUCUGCAUGCACCCGCACAAGGUUCUGGUGGAUGUAGUGAGUUACACCCUGUGGCUGAUGGAAUGCUCUCACGCCUCCGGCUGCUGCCACGCCACCAUGUUCUUCUCCAUCUGCUUCUCCUUCCGGGCUGUGUUGGAGCUGUUUGAUACCCAGGAUGGUCUGCGGCGGCUGGUUAAUCUUAUCAGCACUCUGGAGAUCCUGAACUUGGAGGACCAGGGGGCUCUGCUGAGCGAUGAUGAGAUUUUCGCCAGCCGCCAGACAGGCAAGCACACGUGCAUGGCUCUGCGCCGAUACUUCGAAGCACAUCUUGCCCUAAAGGUGGAGCAAGUCAAGCAGUCGUUGCAGCGCACAGAAGGGGGGCUUCCAAUACACCCGCCUCCUCCAUGCAAGGCUUGUACGUACACCCGGGAGCAGAUUGUGGAGAUGAUGGAAUACUUGAUAGAGUUUGGACCCUCUCAGCUGUACUGGGAACCUGCCGAAGUUUUCCUUAAGCUGUCUUGUGUGCAGCUCCUGCUCCAGCUCAUCUCCAUCGCCUGUAGCUGGAAGACGUAUUACGCCAGAAACGAUACGGUCCGGUAUGCCCUAGAUGUUCUCGCCAUCCUCACUGUGGUGCCAAAGAUUCAGCUGCAGCUGGCCGAGUCGGUGGAUGUUCUGGAUGAGGCAGGUUCCACUGUCUCUACUGUAGGAAUGAGCAUUGUAUUGGGGGUGGCAGAGGGAGAAUUCUUCACCCACGACGCAGAGAUCCAGAAAUCGGCAUUGCAGAUCAUCAUCAAUUGUGUGUGCGCCCCCGAGAGCCGGAUCUCCAGCAUCGGCAAAUACGUCUCUGGCACACCUCGACGCCGGCCUCCCAUUUCCCACUCUUACCAUCCGCCUGGACGUAGAGGAAGCGGGGAGCCAACACUUUCCAAGAUGUGGAAUGUAGUCCAGUCUAAUAAUGGUAUCAAGGUCCUCCUGUCGCUGCUGUCGGUCAAGAUGCCCAUAACGGAUGCUGACCAAAUUCGGACCCUGUCCUGCAAGGCGUUGGUUGGGCUAGGUCGGAGUACUGCCGUACGGCAGAUCAUCAGCAAGCUUCCCUUAUUCAGCAGCGGUCAGAUUCAGCAGCUGAUGAAGGAGCCGAUACUGCAGGAUAAACGCAGCGAGCACGUCCGCUUCUGCAAGUUUGCAGCGGAGCUGAUUGAGCGGGUCUCCGGGAAGCCGCUGCUGAUGGGGAGCGAUGUUUCCUUGGCGCGGCUGCAGAAGGCAGAUGUGGUGGCACAAUCCCGAAUCACCUUUCCAGAGAAGGAACUGUUGUUGUUAAUUCGCAACCAUCUCGUGUCAAAGGGGCUGCAGGAAACCGUAACGACUCUGACGCGAGAGGCCGACCUCCCCAUGACUGCGGCCUCCCAUUCCUCCUUCCUGCCAGCGGCCACCACUCAGCCGCCUGCUACCUCAUCACCGGUUGCCCUGCCACGCACGCCGCGCAUCCCUGCGCGCCUAUCCACCAGCUCCAUGUGCCCUCACCCACCUGCCCGAGCUCCGCUGCCUCCCCAGAUAGCAUCGCCUGCCCCAGUAUCCACAGGCUCCCCUCUGAUUGGCCGGAUCAGCUUUGUGAGAGAGCGCCAGUCGCCCUGCAAUGGGAAGAGAGGGCGGGUUCUGAGGCAGAAGUCGGACCACGGUGCUUACAGCCAGAGUCCAGCGUUCAGGAAACAGCUGGAGCGCCAUGUGCCUUCUCCACCUACCUUGGACAGUAUUAUGACCGAGUACUUGCGGGAACAGCAUGCUCGCUGUAAGAACCCAGUGGCCAUUUGCCCUCCCUUCUCCCUCUUCACCCCCCACCAAUGUCCAGAACCCAAGCAACGCAGACAAGCACCAACCAAUUGCACUUCACGCCUGACCCGCCGUGCGGCCUUCCCCAAAUACGGGGGGGCAGAUGGUGGAUGCUUCGAUCGGCACCUCAUAUUUAGCAGGUUCCGUCCAAUCUCCGUGUUCCGGGAAGCCAAUGAAGAUGAAAGCGGAUUUACGUGUUGUGCGUUUUCGGCCCGGGAACGUUUCCUGAUGCUGGGCACGUGCACGGGGCAGCUCAAACUGUAUAAUGUGUUCAGCGGCCAGGAGGAAGCCAGCUACAACUGCCACAACUCCGCCAUAACACACCUGGAGCCGUCUCGGGAUGGGUGUCUUCUCCUGACCGCUGCCACUUGGAGUCAGCCGCUCUCCGCCUUAUGGGGCAUGAAGUCUGUGUUUGACAUGAAACAUUCGUUCACAGAGGAUCAUUACGUGGAGUUCAGUAAACACUCGCAGGAUCGUGUCAUUGGUACAAAGGAAGACAUUGCUCACAUCUAUGACAUCCAGACGGGCCAGAAGUUGCUCACGUUGUACAACCCAGAUUUGGCAAAUAACUACAAGCGUAACUGCGCCACGUUCAACCCCACGGAUGACCUGGUGCUGAAUGACGGGGUCCUGUGGGACGUACGCUCCUCCCAAGCAAUUCACAAGUUUGAUAAAUUCAACAUGAACAUCAGCGGCGUCUUUCAUCCGAAUGGGCUGGAGGUCAUCGUCAACACCGAGAUUUGGGACCUACGCACCUUCCACCUCCUUCACACCGUGCCAGCGCUGGACCAGUGCCGCGUGGUCUUCAAUAACACGGGAACGGUGAUGUACGGAGCCAUGCUGCAGGCAGAUGAUGAUGAUGACCUUAUGGAGGACAGGAUGAAGAGUCCGUUCGGCUCGUCGUUCCGCACAUUUAAUGCCACAGAUUACAAGCCCAUUGCUACCAUCGAUGUGAAGCGGAACAUCUUUGACCUUUGCACUGAUACAAAAGACUGCUACCUGGCUGUGAUUGAGAACCAAGGCACGAUGGACUCUCUGAAUAUGGACACUGUAUGCCGCCUCUAUGAGGUAGGAAGGCAGCGCUUGGCAGAGGAUGAGGAUGAAGAGGAGGAUCAGGAGGAGGAAGAGCAGGAGGAUGAAGAUGAUGAUGAUGAUGACGACGACGAUUCUGAUGACCUUGGCCCCUUGCUGGAUGCGGAGUUAGAGGAAGAGGCCGGCGAGCAGGCAGGCGAGGACGGAGAGAACGACUUCUCUCCCUCAGAUGAUGAAGAACUGGCCAAUUUGCUGGAAGAUGACGAAGAUGAUGGUGAAGACGGAGAUGAGGAAGGCCAUGAUGAAGACUCUGACAUUGACCCAGAUGUAGAGCUUAUCCUGGGUGAUACCGACAGUUCAGACAACUCGGACCUGGAAGAUGACAUAAUCCUGGCACUGAAUGAAUGAGGAAUUGCGGGGACCGUUCUGUAAGGCGGGCGCUGGGAUAGAGCGGUGUGUUAUCUAACUGUGCGGCCUGUACCGCAAAUAAACUAAUUCUCCAUAUUGUCCCUUUCACCCCUCUGUUCCCAUUGCCUCAAGAUGGACAUUUUCCUUUUGUAAACAACAGAGCUCUUAAAAGAAUAAAAUAAAAUAGUUUUCUAUAAAAAAACAAAACAAAAAAGUAACCAAAAAUAUACAAAGCUGGGCGGCGUCCCCUCCUCCCGACGGGGCAGAAAAUGUUUUUUUGUGUCGAUAUUCUUUUUUCUUUUUUUUCUUUUUUUUUUUUACGUGACUUUAAAUUUUUUGCACAGAUCUAUUUGGAGAGAAAAAAGGAGGAGGGGAUUUUUUUUUCUAAACUUUGGGCAACAAAGUAUUUUUAUGAUGAAAAUUGUAAUAUAUUCCAUAGGAAAUGUGUAUUUUUGUUUCUUUUAAAACGUGUGUAUUUUUUCGAAAAAGGUAGAACUGAAAGGGGUAGUGAGUAUGUGGUAAUAUUGUCCGGAGUCCAAACACGCACCGUGUGGAUUUUAGGUGGUGGGAGGGUUGAAUAUCACCUGGACCGUGACGCACCGACCCCUCUGUUCAGUGUGCAGGGCUGUGGAUCAUUGAGCUGCAAUACGCUGAAAUGAAUUCGGGGGUUUGGAUGGGUGUGGCUGAAUCCGAUCCUGGCGUUAAUUUGUAUCGCGUUCUCCUGUUAUCUCCGCCCCUUUUCUAUAGAAUAUUUCUUAGCCAAUACUCUGGGUUUUUUUAAUUUACUUUUUGCUCCCUGUGAACCGCGAAUCAAAACAUUUCUUUUCUGUAAAGUGUAUUUAUUUAAAAAAUAAAAUGAAAGAGUCA